CAGCCUGACAGACCGCACGCAGGGCAGCACAUUGGUCUUGUGGCUCACAGCGCGGCUCCGCCUCUCUGAGCUGCGGCCGUCGGUCACGUCGGCGUCAGGAGGAGAAACAAAAACACCUCCCGGAGCUGGAGCCAGAGGAACCAGCGGAGGGAAAGUCUUUCUCCGGCCGGUGCCGUUGUUCCCCGCAGACUGCACGAUGUCGGCGAGCUUCCACGUAGCUGUUUGUAACGCAGUGCGAAGAUGCUAGCUAGCGUGCUAGCUUAAUAUUAGCCACCGCGCCUGACAGCCCAUGUCCACAGCCUGCAGCUAACUCGUGAGUAAGACAAAUCAACCAUGACACAGAAAGUCAGUCUGUGUUCAGUCACCCUCGGGGUGGAGGGUAUGACUUGUGGCUCCUGUGUCCAGUCCAUAGAGCAGAGGAUUGGGUCUCUCCCAGGAGUGAUACAUAUAAAGGUGUCUUUAGAGCAAAGGAAUGCCACUGUCAUAUUUGACCACAACCAACAGAAUCCAGAGUCUCUGUCAGAGGCCAUCGAGGACAUGGGCUUUGAAUCGCAGUCCGUCACAGCCACACCGGUCUCUACAGAGACCCAGCUCGUAUCCACCUCAGUCCUGGCACCUGCAGCUCAAGAGGAGGCCUUAGAGAAGCUAUCCCAGGUCCAGGGAGUCCUGGAAGUCAGAGAGAGCCAGGUUCCGACGGGUCUCACUGUCACCUAUGUUCCCUCCUUGACUUCGUCCCUGCAGCUGAAUGAGUUGGUGGCCAGCCUGUCAGCUACGGAGAUCCCCACACCCAGCAGUCCUGUGCAGAAAGGCCCAAAUGUGUCUCCAUCUCAAAGCAGGUCAGGAGAAGUGGCACUGCUGAAGUUACGGAUCGAAGGAAUGACGUGCCACUCCUGCACCAGCACUAUUGAAGGGAAGAUUGGAAAACUGAAAGGGAUUAAAAAGAUCAAAGUUGUAUUAGACUCUCAGGAAGCGACAGUCGUCUACCUGCCUUACCUCACCACCGUCCAAACCAUCAUCGACCAGAUUGCCGUGGCCGGCUUCAAGGCUUUUGUCAAAUCCAAGCCCCGCCCUCUGCAGCUGUCCCCCAGUGAAAUUGAACGUUUAGUUGAUUCUCAAAAACCAUCUGUGUCUUCACCAUCAGAGACUUCAGAGGAGACCGAAAUCUUCGUAGACAUAACACUUGUCGUGCUCGGAGUCAAGGGCAUGCACUGCCAUUCCUGUGUGGUCAAUAUCCAGGACAAUAUCUCCAUGCUGCCUGGUGUGUCCUCUGUGGAGGUCUCUCUGGAGAAGGAGAAAGCUUCCAUCUGCUAUGAUCCUCUAAAGGUGACAGUGCCUCAGUUGCAGCAGGCAAUUGAGGCGCUGCCUCCAGGACACUUCAAAACUCAACCCUGGGACUCCACUGGCCCAAUCAGUCCUGUAUCCAUAUCGCCCUCACCUGCCUUAUCAUCGCCUCGGAAUGCAGGAGCAAUCCAGGCCAAAGCUGUUGCUGCAAAGCCUUGUUUUACCCAGCCACUGGUGUCUGUAGUUAAUAUUCACAUUGAGGGCAUGACGUGCAACUCAUGUGUCCAGUCCAUCGAAGGCAUGAUCUCUCAAAGGAAAGGCGUGGUGUCAACACAGGUCUCUCUGGCUGAUCACCAGGGGAUCUUUGAGUAUGAUCCCCUUUUGACCACACCAGAGGAGCUGAGGGAGGCCGUGGAGGACAUGGGCUUUGAUGCCUUCCUACCUGCCACCAAUUCACUGCUGCCUUCACCAGAUCCCCAUGUCACAAAGUCUUCAAGUCUAGCACAUGUGAAAGAUAUUGAGAUGGACAGUGACUUACACAAGGAAGGACGCAACAGAGAAGAACAGUCUAAAUGCUAUAUUCAGAUUGGAGGGAUGACCUGUGCUUCCUGUGUGGCAAACAUCGAAAGAAACCUGAAGAAUGAACCUGGUAUCUACUCUGUUCUGGUGGCACUCAUGGCCAGUAAAGCAGAGGUGCGUUACAACCCGGAGGUCAUCGAUCCUGUGAAGAUAGCCGAGUGUGUGAAAGAGCUGGGCUUCACUGCCUCUGUGAUGGAGAACUAUGAAGGUUCAGACGGAAACCUAGAACUAGUGGUCAGAGGAAUGACGUGUGCCUCUUGUGUUCACAAAAUUGAAUCCAGCCUUAUGAGAGAAAAGGGGGUUAUUUAUGCCUCUGUUGCCUUGGCAACCAACAAAGCACACCUUAAGUACGACUCGGAAAUUAUAGGGCCACGAGACAUCAUCAAGCUGAUAGAGAAUCUUGGGUUUGAAGCAUCGCUGGUAAAGAGGGAUCGUACUGCCAGUCACCUGGACCACAGCAAAGAGAUACGACAGUGGAAGAAAUCUUUCCUGGUGAGCUUGAUUUUCUGUGUGCCUGUGAUGGGCAUGAUGACCUACAUGAUUAUUAUGGACCACCAGAUGAACGCUUCACAUCAGCACAAUGCAACGGUGGAGGACCGCAACCAUUACCACUCCACCAUGUUCCUGGAGAGACAGCUGCUCCCAGGCCUCUCCAUCAUGAACCUCCUCUCCUUCCUCUUCUGUGUCCCUGUGCAGUUUAUCGGAGGUCGCUACUUCUACAUUCAAGCUUAUAAAGCAGUCAAACACCGAUCUGCCAACAUGGAUGUGCUUAUAGUUUUGGCUACUUCCAUAGCCUUCACCUACUCGCUGGUCAUCCUAAUAGUGGCCAUGGUGGAGAAGGCCAAAAUCAACCCCAUCACCUUCUUCGACACGCCACCGAUGCUCUUCGUCUUCAUCUCGCUGGGACGCUGGCUAGAACAGAUAGCUAAGAGCAAGACGUCUGAGGCUUUGUCCAAGCUUAUGUCUCUGCAAGCUACCGAGGCCACAGUGGUCACUCUCAGCAGUGACUUGUCCAUUCUCAGUGAGGAGCAGGUUGAUGUUGAGCUGGUGCAGAGGGGUGACGUGGUGAAAGUCGUCCCCGGAGGGAAGUUUCCAGUAGAUGGAAGGGUCAUUGAAGGACACUCGAUGGCUGAUGAGUCUCUAAUCACAGGUGAGGCCAUGCCAGUGACGAAGAAGCCAGGGAGCACUGUGAUUGCAGGCUCCAUUAACCAGAACGGCUCUCUGCUCGUCAGUGCUACACAUGUCGGCAUGGACACAACGCUGUCUCAGAUUGUCAAACUGGUGGAGGAGGCUCAGACUUCAAAGGCUCCCAUCCAGCAGUAUGCAGAUAAGAUCAGUGGCUACUUUGUACCCUUCAUUGUUGGCAUAUCCGUCCUGACGCUGGUCGCCUGGAUCAUCAUUGGGUUUUUGGAUUUCUCACUUGUGGAGAUGUACUUUCCCGGUUACGACAAGAGCAUUUCCAGGUCCGAGGCAGUGAUUCGCUUUGCCUUCCAGGCCUCCAUAACAGUGUUAUGCAUCGCCUGUCCCUGCUCCCUUGGCUUGGCAACCCCGACAGCUGUCAUGGUGGGCACAGGAGUUGGAGCCCAAAAUGGCAUUCUGAUAAAAGGAGGAGAGCCACUUGAGAUGGCACAUAAGGUCCAGAUUGUGGUGUUUGAUAAAACUGGGACCAUCACAUACGGUGCUCCAAAGGUUAUCCAAGUCAAGAUAGUUGUGGAGGGGAACAAGAUGCCUCGUUCCCGACUGCUGGCCAUUGUGGGUACUGCUGAGAACAACAGUGAACACCCUCUGGGUUCAGCUAUCACCAAGUACUGCAAACAGGAGCUUGGCACGGAGUCUCUUGGCACAUGCACAAACUUUCAGGCGGUGCCGGGCUGUGGCAUCAGCUGUCAGGUCAGCAACACAGAGACCCUGCUGAAACAGGCGGACAGCGACAGCGAGGACAACAACCAGCGGAACAGCGUCCUCGUUCAAAUCAGUGACACCCGAACAACCACCAGCUCCCAUCCACUCAUCAUGGACCCACAGCCUCUGAGCCUCGUUCAGACAGCCACUUAUGUCGUGCUGAUUGGCAACAGAGAGUGGAUGAGGAGGAACUGCUUGCAGGUCAGACCUGAUAUAGAUGAGGCCAUGAUGGAGCAUGAGCGCAGAGGACGCACUGCUGUUUUAGUAGCUGUAGAUGACCUGCUGUGUGCAAUGAUAGCCAUUGCUGACACAGUGAAACCUGAGGCUGAUCUUGCCAUACACACUCUUACCAACAUGGGUCUGGAAGUUGUGCUGAUGACCGGAGACAACAGCAAGACGGCAAGGGCCAUUGCUGCUCAGGUUGGAAUCAAGAAGGUGUUUGCUGAGGUGCUUCCCUCCCACAAGGUGGCCAAGGUGGAACAGCUGCAGCAGCAGGGCAAGAGAGUCGCCAUGGUGGGUGACGGUGUCAAUGACUCGCCCGCUCUGGCCAUGGCUGACGUGGGCAUCGCCAUAGGAACUGGGACAGAUGUGGCCAUAGAAGCAGCAGAUGUGGUGUUGAUCAGGAACGACCUCCUGGAUGUGGUGGCUAGUAUAGACCUCUCUAAGAAGACUGUCAAGAGGAUCAGGAUCAACUUUAUAUUUGCUCUGAUCUACAACCUGGUUGGCAUUCCUAUUGCUGCUGGCAUAUUCCUCCCCUUUGGUCUGGUGUUACAGCCAUGGAUGGGCUCUGCUGCGAUGGCACUGUCGUCUGUCUCUGUGGUUCUGUCCUCUCUUCUACUCAAAUGUUACACUAAACCCAGUGCAGAGAAGUUGGAGGCACGACUGGGUAACAGCAGGCGGCAGGGCAGCCUGUCUGACGUCAGCAUCCACAUCGGCAUGGGUGACGUGCGUCGUCCCUCCCCCAAACUCAGCCUGCUGGACCGCAUCGUCACCUAUAGCCGGGCCUCGAUCAACUCCCUGCGGUCAGACAAGCACUCCCUUAACAGUUUGGUUCUCAGUGAGCCGGACAAACACUCACUGCUGGUGGGGGAGGCGCUGAGCGAGGAGUUCUGCUGAAUACGUAAGCGUCACGUGGGCUUGCAAUGACUUUAGUGAGCUGGAGCAGAUAGUCACUGCAUUAAUUCAACACUAGGCCUCGCUAACAUGGUUCUAUUGAAUAGUUGCCCACCCAUCUGCUGUAGGUGCCUCAGGGCAGCACUGUUGACUUGAAGAUAGCUUAUUUGCCCCUUGUUUUCUUUUAGCUGACCAAGCAGAUCACAUGCACUUCAGAGCAUGCUGGGGUCAUUUGUCCUCCUUCGGUUGCAGACUAUCUUUUGUUGAGGGGACUGCCCUCAGGCACCGACACAUUGACACUUUGGUCACUGUGUGUGUGUACAGGGGCAUGAAGCGUCUUCAAAGCCUUGAAGCAGGUGUCCGCAUCCAGGAAACGGAGUGAUGAUCAGCUCUGCAACUGUGGUCACCUGCAAGUACAAUCUUUAAUAUCUAUCCAAAGACAUUUUAACAGUGGUGCUGCUUGUAAGAGUGGACGCUACAGAGUUAUAUUUUAACUGAUUUUCCUAAAGUGGAAGAUUAUAAUAACACUGUUGUAUUAUCCUAUUCCAGAGUAUUUAUGUUACCUUUAUUUAUCUUUUUUUUCCAUUAUAUUCUGUGGCAACAAUGAAGUUAUUGAAUCAAAAUGCCAAUUUUUAUUUUCAGUCUCCCAAAAUAUUUAAUUACUGAGCAAGCAAAGACAUAAAACCUCAGUCUUAAGAAGACUUGUUACCUGUUACCGAAGUUUGUGCAAAAUAUCAGUGAAGUGAAAUGUAAAUGUGAAUUUGACCCAAGUGCCAAUUGAAAUGCCCCCUCGGCAAAGUCCAACACAUUCCAAAGAUAACACGGUAGUACAGAUGUUACCUUGGACACAAAGUGCACAAAGUGUGAACCGAGGUAUGGUCAACGCAGAGAGGAAGAGCCGACUGUGAAUUGUGAAGCCGACUAAAGACUCUGGUUAUUGAUUUCUGUAGUUGUGUCGUCCCUCUGCAACUUUAGUUGAUCAUGCAACUUGUGUGUCAGUGAAUGUGAACAUUACUCAUUGUCGAGCAGAAGUUAUCAUAUGAAUGACAUUGUUGGUGCUUGGGUUACUUUAUUUGCCUGCUGCAAACAUAAGGGUUGUGUUAUGAAAAGGCUGAACCGUAAACGCGUGUGUUCUUUUUGCCAUUGCAGUCAGCGGUUGUUCAGUUUCUUGUUCAACUUUCUUCAUUUCUGCUUUUUUCGUAUGAUGGUUAUAAAUCAUGCUGUUGUUCCUUGAACCCAGAGGUGCAGGGAACACAACUGGAUCAGACUAAACACAACUGUGUCCCAACAGCUCCACCAAAUGAGUUACUGAGAAACAACAUUUUCAUGAAAUCAAAUUGUACAGUUGAUCACACCUAUCACAUCUUGAAAUUGAUCGAGUUGUACCUGCUUUAGUUUUCCUGCUGUAAAGUGAUCUCAAAGAUGUUUUUGCUUCCUAUUUGCUGUAGAGAAUCACUUUUGUACAGCUUUUCCAUGACUGUUUGUGUCCAAACUUGUGUUUUUCUCUGGUGGUGAAAAGAGCCAUCAGAUUGUCCUGUGGUUUCCGCAUUGUGUUCACAGCUUCUGAGCAUCAUGAUGCCGAUCUGUAGUGUUUGCGCAUGGCUUGGUGAAAAGGUCCAUUCAGUCUGUGUGCAGGUAAAUUAAGUGAGUCAAUGCUUGCCAUCUUUCAUUGUUCUUAUGAACAUUAUGUGCCUUGGAAUAAAACACUUUUGUAACGUCACCCUGCUGUGUUCACUUUAAACCAGACGGUGGUGCUGUUGAGCCACGUGCUGGUCAUAAAAAAAAAACACCCAAUACAAGAUUUCAUCAACUUUAUUUCAUCCAGUUAGUCUAAACAUUACAUCACCCCAGUGUACUGCAAAACAAUCAAGUACAAUUUUCUGUCAUCAUUUCUAAAAAUAUUCAUUCAAAUUAAUUAUUUUUUCAUGACUGUUUGUAUCACUUUGACUGUAGUGACAUUUGUUUUGGUAGAUUGAUGCUUGUGAACAUGUUAAGUAAGUAUUAUUAAUACAUUAAGGGGAAAUUUGCUUUCAUUAGACACAGAGGUUAAGGGACACUCAGAAAUAACAUAAACCAUAAAUGGUAAAGUUAGUGUUAAUCAUCUUCUCUUACUCCAUCACUGAUGAUUGAAAAGCAUCACAGUCACGAAACUGAACAGCUUCAGUCACUUUUAAAAAUGUGCAUCAUUUUAAAUCUGUUAAAAUAUUGUGCUUUUCUUGACUUAACGCACCAUAAAACGUCUGCAAAUGGAAAAACGCUACAUUCAGUUACCUUGAACACUUGAAUAACAAACCGGUACAGGGAACAGCUCCGCCUCCAACUUAUCUCUCUGGAAACACUGACCAAUUGAAAUUGUUACUUUUACAGCAAUAUAUAAUAUAUAUAUAUAUAUAUUUAUAUAUCAGUAGAUUUACAGUUUAUUAAACACUUAACACCUUACAGAAAUCACACACUAAUGAGCAAAAGAUGCAAUUAAAUCAAUGUUCACAAGCCGUUAAUGAUUUCAAAUUUGAAAUGUAAACAUUUGCAUUGAAAGGACCGAAUUAUACACUGGGUCCUAGUUACAUUUAAAAAUAAUUUAAAUUUAAAGAUUUAAAUACUUCUCAUGAGCUUUGUGGCUUCAGUCCAUCUUUUUCAGCCUCAUCCCUGAUUUAAAAAGGUCUAGUAAUAAAACUGGCGUGUCACCGUACAGUCUCUCUGAUAUGAAACAGGCCUACCGUUUAAAGUUGCGUGGUAAAAUACAGUUGGUUGUAAUGCGGCACCGAACGGCCUCCGGCUUUAUGAUGGCAGCCUUUUGGGAUGAAUGCAAUCUGGUACUCUGGCUGAUACAACACUGUUUAUCAGACUGACAAUAUCAUGUGAAUACUGACUACUGCGGCCAAGGUACGGAACAAAAGUUACAACAUCACACUGCACCUGCUGCAUCAGCUCCGAGGCCGGUGGUAGUGAUGUAACUGUGUGUAAUAACUGAGGUGUACAUGCCAGGAUUUCUAUCUUAACAUCAUGAAACACAAAGCAGGAGGUCGUGGAUGAAGGUUUAAGCUGAGAGAUCCACACUCCUCACACAGAAUAAGACCAGAGCGAUCAUCAUGUUUCACAGGAUUCUAACGUGUAGAUGUAAAUAUUACACGGAAUAUCAUAGGAUCCUUCUCUGUACCAUUCUCCUCUUCAAAAAUACUAGAAUGAUAUAUUCCCAAUACUGUAAUCCAUAUCUAACAUAGACAUGUACAUAUAAAUGCACUACAACAGCUUAAAACAAUAAAAGGAUCAAAUUCUCACAAUGUAAAAUGGGCCAUAUUGUGUGAUAGAACCUCUCAGGAUGCUGCAUCAAGCUUCAGCAGAGAGAUGCCAUACAAGUCUGAGUAAAGCAUGAAUGACAUGAUCAAUGUUAGUGGGAUCAAAUACUGUCUGUGAUCAGAAGCUCCUGAUAUAAUACCGGAAACCAUGGAUUAUGGAAACGAGAGCGUGUUUUACUGAGAUUAUUGUCACUAGCGAUGCUGGUCAUCACCGUUCGGCUUUCCUGAACGGAGCCUCGGAGCGACUGUGUUGUUUUUAAGAGAAUCAAUGGUUAAAUCCCACCAUGCUCGUGUGAGGAGUGGUUUGUUCAUGCGAGUUUAACGAGCAGAAUAGGUAGUAUGAUUAACACUGAUUAUUAAGACAUUGAAUAGCACCGUGUUAGUCCCUAAAUGGUUGCCACCAUCAUAGCGUCACAUUUUAUUGGUUGGUUCCCUGGAGAAUAGUUUUUUAGAUUCAUGGUUAGAUGCUGAACGUUACUCAUUUGGUAAAAUGAGAUGAAUUAAAGUGAGUCACACUGUCAUGACCCAGAGGUUGUAAUCGUUGACAGAAGUUUUUUUUUUUUUUUUUUUUUCUUUAUCAGAGAACUCAUUUGGCAAAUGCAUGAACUGCAGACGUCUUAAAUGUUCCGGUGUGUUUACGAUCAACUGUGAUGCAGGUAAGGAAUAAACCAACAUUAGGUAGGAGAGAAUGAAAACUAUUUGGCGGCAACACAAAAAAAAAACCUGCACUGAAAAAAAAAAAA